GCGUCGAGGCGAUUCUGUGCCUGUCGGAGUAGAGAUUGUUGUCUGCGCCUCUCUUGAUCGGAGAUUAACGGUCGUUUGAAUGGACGGCGGAGAUCAUGCGGAGCCAUGGGUUUCACAAUUCAAUUUCUCAGAGAGAGAAUCGUAAGAGAGUAAAAGAGUUGAGUUGAGUUCACCGCGCGUCGUUUUGAAGGAUCAAAUCGUAAAUAUUUUGAAUUUCCACCUUUUAAGAUAGAUGAUCGAAUAUCCCUAAUUCUUUUGGAAGUAUGGAGCAAACGGUGUGGGGUCAUUUGCCGGUGUUGCUAAGGGUAAAUUCCAAAGAAUCAAUUGAAUUCAUUCUUGAAGCUCUUUGGAGAACCAGAAAGAGUGGUCUUAACUCUGCUGAUCGAUGCAUCAUCCAAGACAUGCUACAACUCCAAAAUGACUCUGACCUUGACCCGCUUCUGGUUUGCCUCCGAAUGUUAAUCAGGAGGUGUGUUUACGAGAAUACUUGCAAGGAUGAUAUUUCAAAGUUGUUUCCUGGUGAAGUUCUUCCUGAAUUGCAAAAACUAUUGACACUUCUGUUGCAGAAGUUUCAGCAUGAGUGGCAAAAAGAAGUGAUGAAAGAUCAGAAUGUCGUGCCUCGAUUAAAGGCAAUGACGUGGAAUAUGGCAAAUCAGGAUAAAGAUUCAUCAGACCCUGCAGCUGUUAUUAAUUUGAAGCUUCAAAAUGAUGCUCGGUUUCACUCGGGGGAGCUGGACGUGAAGUUUCAGUUGACUACAGAUUCUCUAGAGAUGAUGCUAAAAGCUAUGCACAGUAUCAGAGACCAGUUUCCAGCCAUGGAUGAGGCACCAAAAGGGAAUUAGUAUCGGGAAACCAAUAGAGUUCUAUAGAAAAUGUCUCACGAAGAAUGGUACAAUAGGAGGACACAGAUGACAGGCCUGUGGUUGGAGUCUCAGUAUCAUACCGGUUAAAACUUCAACUGACCGGAUCGGCAGAUCACCCUUGUUAAUUUAUUGUUAUAGUCACGCUUUUUGGAUGGAAAAAUUCCAAUGCAAUUUGCUUAAAUGUAAAUCCAAAGAGAGAAAAUACAACUUGCAAAAAGUAGAAGAUACAACCUCUGCUGACUAUUGCAAACGAUGGGAGAGUCGUGCAGUUAUUGAUAACCUUACUGCCAAAUGAAAAUUACUUUUCCUUUCUUUUCAAUAUUUCUUUUGUUUUUAUUGCAUUGGCAAAUGUUCAAGUCCUAGGUUUAAUACCUCAUAUGAGUUGGGAAUGCCAUGUUUCCUGAUUGAUGAAGACUAUAGAAGUCUCAACACAGAUCAUAAGUUAUUUAGUAAAAUGAUACAAAGGAUUAAACAUA